CAGACGCCCGACACGCACGCGCAUACGCACACGCACGCGCGCACAUCGCCCCCCCAUCCUCCUCCUCCCUCCCCCCAGCCACCGGCGCGAUGGCAGUGUGAGGAGUAAAUGGCUCAGAGUAUCCGCGGUGGAAAGCGACCUAAACACUGGAGUAGGAACCGACACGCAAACAGAACGAGACGCGGUGCGUAAAAGCUCUCCACGGCGCACGGAAACGGUGCCAGGUGUCCAAGAAGCGCAAAAGAAGACUCCGACGGGGUUUUAUUUUUUUUCUUCUUCCUUCCUCUCUCUCUAUCUCUCUCUUUCGCUCUCUCUUUUGGUUAAUUUUUUUACGUGUGUGAUCAACGAGGAUAUCUUAAUUGGACAUGUGAGUUACGGGAGUUAACAAGAGAAGCAGGCUUUUUUUCUUCCCGCCCCCCAAGAUGAAGUUCUUCCCAGCUUGCGUCCUCGUCACUUUGGCGGUGAUCGGAUCCUGUGCGGCGCAAUCAGUUUGUCCUGGUACAGAGAACAAAUUGAGCACACUCUCAGACCUGGACCAGCAGUACCGCACCCUGAAGAAGCUCUACGAGAACUGCGAAGUCGUCAUGGGGAAUCUGGAGAUUACCAGCAUUGAUCGAAACCGCAACCUCUCCUUCCUCAAGUCUAUCAAAGAAGUGACCGGUUAUGUGCUGGUGGCACUUAAUCAGUUCGACUACCUGCCACUGGAGAACCUGCGGAUCAUCCGAGGCACCAAACUUUACGAAGGUCGGUACGCUCUGGCCAUCUUCCUGAACUACAGACGGGACGGUCUGUACGGACUAAGGCAGCUGGGAUUACGUAACCUCACAGAGAUACUGAAUGGGGGCGUUUAUGUUGACCAGAACAAAUUCCUGUGUCACGCAGACACCAUCCAUUGGCGUGACAUUAUCAAGAACCCCCAAGCUGAGCUGUUGGUGGUGCCGUCCAACAACAGCAACAAUGGAUGCAGACGCUGUCAUCGCUCAUGUAACGGACGCUGCUGGGGCCAUCAGGAGGACCAGUGUCAAACUUUGACAAAAACGGUGUGUGCAGAGCAGUGUGACGGUCGAUGCUUCGGGCCUUACGUCAGCGACUGCUGCCAUCGCGAAUGCGCUGGCGGCUGCUCCGGCCCCAAGGACACGGACUGCUUUGCUUGCACCAAUUUCAACGACAGCGGGGCCUGCGUGACCCAGUGCCCUCAGCCCUUUGUGUACAACCCGACGUCCUUCCAGUUAGAGCACAACCCCAGGGCGAAGUACACCUAUGGAGCCUUCUGUGUCAAGAAAUGUCCACAUAACUUUGUCGUGGACCACAGCUCCUGUGUGAGAGCAUGUCCCAGCAACAAGAUGGAAGUGGAGGAGAACCGGAUUAAAAUGUGCAUCCCUUGCACAGACAUCUGUCCAAAAGUGUGUGACGGUAUAGGAACAGGAAGCCUGCAGUCAGCUCAAACAGUUGACGCCAGCAAUAUUGAUAAAUUUGUCAACUGCACCAAAAUCAAUGGCAACCUCAUCUUUCUCAUUACUGGCAUUAAAGGGGAUAUGUAUCACGGUAUUGGGCCUUUGGACCCUGAGCGCCUCAACGUGUUCCGCACCGUGAAAGAGAUCACAGGUUACCUCAACAUCCAAUCCUGGCCUGAAAACAUGACAGAUCUUAGUGUUUUUUCCAGCCUGGCUACCAUUGGAGGCAGAGCUCUUUACAGUGGAAGUGGUAUUUCUCUUUUGAUCUUGAAGCAGCGUUGGAUCUCCUCGCUCCAGUUCCAGUCGUUGAGUGAGAUCAGCGCCGGGAACGUCUACAUCUUCAACAACAGCCGCCUCUGCUUCUAUAACACUAUCAACUGGACGUCGCUAUUUAGGACCCCGAGCCAAAAAGUCCUCGUCCGUAACAACCAAGAUCCAAAGGAGUGCAUCCAACAACGAAUGGUGUGUGACCGAAUGUGUUCGGACGAUGGCUGUUGGGGACCAGGGCCAGACCAGUGCCUCUCUUGCCGAUAUUUCAAGCGAGGCCGUACCUGCGUUCAGUCCUGCAACCUUUUUGAUGGGGAAGAGCGUGAAUUUGCCAAUGGAUCCGUGUGCCUGGCGUGCGAUAGCCAAUGUGAGAAGAUGGAUGGAAACACUGUGACAUGUCUCGGUCCGGGCCCAGACCAGUGUGUAAAAUGCCUCCACUUCAAAGACGGCCCUAACUGCGUAGAGAAGUGCCCCGAUGGGCUGCAGGGAGCCAACAGUUUCAUCUUCAAAUACGCCAAGGCCAACAACGAGUGUCAUCCCUGCCAUGCCAAUUGCACCCAGGGGUGCGUCGGGCCAAGACUCCAAGAUUGUGUUGGGAUGAUGGACAGGACACCCCUGAUAGCAGCUGGAGUCAUCGGCGGCCUAUUCAUCAUCGUCAUUCUGGCGCUCAGCGUGGCCGUUUAUGUUCGCCGCAAAAGCAUCAAAAAGAAGAGGGCCUUGCGGCGUUUCCUGGAGACAGAGCUGGUGGAGCCCCUGACCCCCAGUGGAACUGCUCCAAACCAGGCCCAGCUGCGGAUCCUGAAAGAGACAGAGCUGAAGAGGGUGAAGAUUUUGGGUUCGGGAGCUUUCGGAACAGUCUACAAGGGCAUCUGGGUCCCAGAAGGUGAGACGGUGAAGAUCCCCGUGGCUAUUAAAAUCCUCAAUGAGACCACCGGUCCUAAAGCCAACGUGGAGUUCAUGGACGAGGCCCUGAUCAUGGCCAGCAUGGAGCACCCCCACCUGGUGCGUCUCCUCGGUGUCUGCCUGAGCCCCACCAUCCAGCUGGUCACCCAGCUCAUGCCCCACGGCUGCCUCCUCGACUAUGUGCACGAGCACAAGGACAACAUUGGAUCGCAGCUGCUGCUCAACUGGUGUGUCCAAAUUGCAAAGGGAAUGAUGUACCUGGAGGAGAGGAGGCUGGUCCACAGGGACCUGGCAGCUCGGAACGUGCUGGUAAAGUCUCCCAAUCACAUCAAGAUCACCGACUUCGGCCUAGCCCGACUGCUGGACGGCGAUGAGAAAGAAUACAACGCAGACGGGGGAAAGGUCGGUAUGCCCAUUAAGUGGAUGGCUCUGGAGUGCAUCCACUACAGGAAGUUCACACAUCAGAGUGACGUGUGGAGCUACGGAGUGACCAUCUGGGAGCUGAUGACAUUUGGAGGCAAGCCUUACGAUGGGAUCCCCACGCGAGAAAUCCCAGACAUCCUGGAAAAAGGCGAGCGCCUGCCCCAGCCGCCAAUUUGCACCAUAGACGUCUACAUGGUCAUGGUCAAAUGCUGGAUGAUUGAUGCAGACAGCAGGCCGAAGUUCAAAGAGCUGGCCGCCGAGUUCUGCAGAAUGGCCCGUGACCCACAGCGAUAUCUGGUGAUUCAGGGAGACGACCGUAUGAAGCUUCCCAGUCCCAAUGACAGCAAGUUCUUCCAGAGCCUGCUGGACGAAGAGGACCUUGAUGACUUGAUGGAUGCCGAGGAGUAUCUGGUGCCUCGAGGUUUCAACAUGGCCACUCAGUCAUGCACGACCAGGCCUCGUGUUGACCCCAACAGGAAUCAAUUUGGCUAUCGAGAUGGUGGUCCAAAUGCUGCAGAAGGACCCUUGGCAGGCACACAAGCUUGUGUGAACCAGGAUGCCACAGGUGGCCCGAGCCCAGUCCUGGAGGACCAGCGUUGUAAUGGAAGCCUGCAUAAGAAGAGCCUGAGCCAGGCUGGAGGGGAAGACAGUGGGGGUCAGAGGUACAGUGCUGAUCCAACCAUCUUUCUGGGGGAGAGAGCAUUGAGAGGGGACACUGAUGAGGACGGAUACAUGACGGCAAUGAAGGACAAGAGCUCCUCAGAAUAUCUGAAUCCCAUUGAGGAGAACCCGUUUGUCACGCGACGUAAAAACGGCGAGAUCCACGCCCUGGAUAACCCAGGCUACCACAGCACACCCAACAGUCAGCCCAAAGGAGAGGACGAGUACAUCAAUGAGCCCCUCUACCUCAACACCUUCCAUACCCCCGCUGAGCUGGGCCUGGAAGCCCUGAGGAGAAAUGGUCUGCCCCUACCCACCCAACCUCCUUCUUCUAUCUCAGCCACAACCUCAGGCUCCCAUCUCCCGCUUACCAUCCAGACUAGCCUGCCCCACUACCCCCUCCCCACAGCCCAACCAUCUCCAUCUGGUAUUCCUUGCCAUCAUGGUCCACCGACUCACAUCCUCCAUGCCCACCACACCGUCAAACCUGCAGGGCAACCUGGCAAUCCAGGUGGCGGCUCUGUUGCUCAGAGUCAAGCAGGAACUACUGCUCAGGCUCAGGUGAGCCAGUCACUGUCCACUUCAGCCACCAUUGGGCAUGGCAGCCUGCCAGCCUACCAGAGCUACGCCACCACACACCCUGCCAGUUUGCUGAAGCAUGGAGGGCAAACAUCAGGUAAAGCCAGCGGGAAGAAGCUGAAGGUGACCUUUGACAAUCCAGAAUACUGGCAGCACAGCUUGCCUCCCAAAUCAUCUAACCAGGCAGCCUCAGAUGGUGCCCAGGGAGGUUCCACCAACGCCAAGCUCUUCUAUAAGCAGAAUGGACACAUACGGCCGGCAGUAGCUGAAAACCCUGAAUACAUGUCUGAGUUUUCCCUGAAAGCUGGAACCAUCUUGCCACCUCCACCUUACCGGCAGCGAAACACUGUGGUCUAGAUUAUUCCAUUUAACAAACGUUCCCCAAUCUUCCUCUAGCCUCCAACAAGCCCAACAUCCUCUCCAGUUCCACGGUCCUACACAAAGAGAGAGUAGCACCAACCAAGGCUGCUCUCAGCCCUGCCCAGAUAACAGGCCAUCUGCUGUAGAUUGUAGCAACAUCUGGAGGAGGUGGACCGAACCAAGCAGAAGCAACUCAGACCCCUGAACUGUCACUAUAGACAAUCUCGUCCAUCUCUGUUCUGUAGAUAGAGACUGUGCUCCAUGUCAUUCAGAAUGUCAAGGUUAUGGUAGUUUUCAGUAAAGAACAGAUGCUUAAUUAUCACACAGCAGUGGACGGACUGUAUCUGGGGGUACCUGAACUCACUGCCAGCCACUUGGGUUUCAGAUUUGUGAGAGGAACAAGAAGUUUUACUAAUCUUUUUGCUUUCUAUUAUAAAGUUCUGAGGAGGAACAAUAUUCUGCAAAGGGUUUCUGAAAGACACAAUCACAUAGAACAAAUACAGUCUGUUAGAUGUCAAGAUGCCUGGUUUUCUGAAUGACAUUAGAGUGAGGUAGCCAGGCAACAAAAGCAAAAUAUGGAAGAAGAAAAGACAAUAUAGAGUGGACAACAAAAGAUGGAGCACUCAUCAAUCAUAUUCAGUGAUUUUGCCUAUAGGAUUAUACCCACCGUGUGUUCUUUUAUAUGAAAUAUGUGAAUCUCAUCUCAUCCUUCUACUGUAACUGUGAUACUGUGAUGGACAAAACUACAGUGAUCUUUUCUUUCACAUUUGUAGUUCAACCAUGGACUUUUUAAAUUGCUCGAGAAGCUGCAGGGCAACUGCUGUUCUGUUGGUUUUGCUUGGCUGCUGUCUGUUUGGAGAAGCUGACUAAAACAGCUUUCCCAGGGCAAAUGGUAAAAGGGAAACCACACUGUAAACACUUUUAUAAUCACGGGUUUCAGUGCUGAAAAGAUUUUUAUACACUGGUUUUCCCAUUCAGAUCGUGAAGCUAACUCGGAUGAGAAAACCUGCUAUGAGCUGUAGAGUACUCCAGUAAAGCAGCUGAACUCAAAAUGGUGUUCAAAGAGAGAAAAAAAACUACAGAAAGGGGAGGAAAAGUUCAUGAAAGUUUAUAUAAACUGACUAAUGAAGACCUCAAGGAAGGAACAAGACAGCACCAGCAGAGCACAGUUCAACAGACUACUUUAUAUGUCUAUCUGUCUUUAUGUUAGUGUGAUUGGGAUUAGUGUGUGCGUGUAUGUUCAUAUUUUAGCAAGCUACAGAUGAUCCCACUGGGGGGUAAAAGUCAGUGUUAAUGGAGUCGAAAGCUAAAGAUCUUCAGUACUAACCAACGAUCGACUCUAUCAAGGCUUUUUUCCCUAUGUUAAGUAUAAAACAAACCAAGCUCAAAUCAAAAGAUCAUUAAAAGCCCCAAACUGCACCAAAUGGCACCAAAUCUCUGGAAGGGUUUUAUAGAUUUAGGGUGUCCUUAGCUAACGUUACUUUCUUUGAGUUGAUCAAAAUCAAGAAUGUGAGGAUUUAUCAUUUUAGUAACUGGAACUGGAGCUUGUCUCGGUCAUGAUGUUUGUUAUAUCCUCGAUUGCUUGGUCCGAGAAAAAGUACAACUCUAGACUACUUUUGGCCACAUAAUUCUUGAUUAUUUUUGUCCACAUCUGAUCUAGAUGCUUUUUGCUUUUUUUUUUUUA